CGCUCGGCCGCCUGGCCUAUGGCAAACGCCAAGAAUUAAUUAGGGGCGGGAAUCAAGGAGCCGCUGUCAGGAGGUCGCCAUAUUUCCGUACAGCCCAGAGGCCGCCAGGGCAGUCAGUAGGUCCCGAGAGGUGCUCUGACAGGGCGGGGCCGACGCACGGCUCUGCCCGCCUCCCCCCCUCCCUCCGGCCCGGGACAGGUGGCUGCGGCGCGCCCCGCCCCCGCCAGCUGCGGGGCCCAGCGAGCAAGCGAGGGAGGGAGGGUGAGCCCGGGACGCCCGCCGCGGCCAGCUGCGAGGGAGACAGACGGAGCGAGCGCCAGUCCGGGACGGCCGGGCUACGAGUCCGGCGGCAGCAGACGAGUAUCCUGGCGGCCAAAAAAAUGCUCCUGUACCGAGGGGCCCCCGCCGGCCCUGGGACGCCAGGCAGCGGGCUGACCCGGCCAGGCGGCGGCCCGCAGGCCUUCGGGAUCCGCCUGAGCACUAUGAGCCCCCGCUACCUACAGAGCAACUCCAGCAGCCACACGCGACCCUUCAGUGCCAUCGCGGAGCUGCUAGAUAAUGCUGUAGAUCCAGAUGUAUCUGCCAGGACAGUCUUUAUAGAUGUUGAAGAGGUCAAGAAUAAAUCUUGUUUGACUUUUACUGAUGAUGGCUGUGGAAUGACUCCCCAUAAACUACACCGGAUGCUCAGUUUUGGCUUCACUGACAAAGUCAUAAAGAAAAGUCAGUGUCCCAUCGGCGUCUUUGGUAAUGGCUUCAAGUCUGGCUCCAUGCGGCUUGGAAAGGAUGUGCUUGUCUUCACCAAGAAUGGGGGUACUCUCACUGUUGGACUUCUGUCACAGACUUAUCUGGAAUGUGUCCAGGCUCAGGCAGUUAUCGUACCAAUUGUUCCAUUCAGCCAGCAAGACAAAAAAAUGAUUGUUACUGAAGAUUCUUUGCCCAGCCUGGAAGCCAUUCUGAACUACUCAAUUUUCAACAGCGAAAAUGAACUGUUAUCCCAGUUUGAUGCCAUCCCUGGCAAGAAGGGAACUCGAGUUCUCAUUUGGAACAUACGCAGAAAUAAAGAUGGAAAGUCUGAGUUGGACUUUGAUACAGAUCAAUAUGACAUCCUGGUGUCAGACUUCAGCACAGAAGAAAAAGGGACUGAUGGUGUUACUUCUGAACUGCCAGAAACAGAGUACUCAUUACGGGCCUUUUGUGGUAUUCUGUACAUGAAACCAAGAAUGAAAAUCUUUCUACGUCAAAAGAAGGUGACCACCCAGAUGAUUGCCAAGAGCUUGGCCAAUGUAGGAUAUGAUAUAUAUAAACCUUCAUUUACAAAUAAGCAGGUGAAAAUAACUUUUGGAUUAUCUUGCAAAAACAGUAAUCACUGUGGAGUAAUGAUGUAUCAUAAUAACCGACUCAUAAAGUCUUUUGAGAAGGUGGGAUGCCAGGUGCAGCCAACUCAUGGUGAAGGUGUGGGAGUAAUUGGCGUCAUUGAGUGCAAUUUCUUAAAACCUGCCUACAACAAACAAGACUUUGAGUAUACCAAGGAGUACCGGUUGACCAUCAGUGCCCUUGCCCAGAAGCUCAAUGCUUAUUGCAAAGAAAAAACAUUCUACAAGAGUUUUGAGAACUCAGCCUUAGCUAAGCCAACACUGAAGAUUCCUGACCAGACAUGGGUACAAUGUGAUGAGUGUCUUAAAUGGAGGAAGCUUCCUGGCAAGGUUGACCCAUCCACAUUGCCUACAAGAUGGUUUUGUUACUAUAACACUCAUCCAAAAUACAGGAGAUGCUCUGUUCCAGAGGAACAAGAACUCGUUGAUGAAGACCUGUACUUGAACAAAACUAAGAAACAAGAUCAAACUGUUGAGAAGAAGAAGAUGCCAGUAGAAAAUGAGAACCACCAGGUAUUUGCUGAUCCACUGAAAAUCUCUACUAUUCAAGAUAUGGAUGAUCUGAACAACAAGACGAUUGGAUACGAUAGGGUUGAUAGCCCUUGCCAAUUUCUAUCUGCUGGAGAAGAGAACAGAACAUCUUCUCUUCAACUCAAACCUCUGGAUACCAGUAUCUUUCAGUUUUCCAGUAAAUACAAAUGGCUCCUAGGUGAGGAACCUGUGGAGAAGCGAAGAAAGCUCCAGAAUGAAAGAACAACACCACCUCUAGAUUAUUCCAUGCCUGGAUCCUACAGGAGGAUAGAGGCAGCUGUUGCCUACCCAGAAGGGGAGAACAGCCAAGAUAUCUCCAGUUCUGAGAGAAGCACACCACCCUACCUCUCCCCAGAAUACCCAGAAGCAAGCAAGAAUACCGGUCAGAAUAGGGAGGUUUCAGAUCUGUUCUCAGGGGCCCAAGAUCAGAGCCAGGGUUCCCUAUAUCCCGAAGAAGUAGAAGAUCAGAUGCCAAGAUUAGUAGCUGAAGAGUCUAACAGAGGUAGCACAAACAAAAACAAGGAAGAAAUAGACAAGGGACCUUUUGUAGCUGUUGUUGGUGUUGCAAAAGGGGUGCAGGAUUCAGGAGCUCCCAUUCAGCUGAUCCCUUUUAACAGAGAGGAGCUCGCUGAGAGAAGAAAAGCAGUUGAAUCAUGGAACCCAGUGCCUUAUUCUUCUGUAGCCUCUGCUACAACCCCCACCACAGUCAUUGGGGAGAAAGGAAGAAGCAGCGAGGAGAGUGGAGGUCGGAAUACUCUAAAACUGAGAAACCAAAGGGAACUGGAAGAGCUGAAGAGAACCACAGAAAAACUGGAACGUGCAUUGGCUGAAAGGAAUUUGUUCCAGCAGAAGGCAGAAGAGCUACAACAGGAGAGGGAUCACUGGCAUUCUGAGUUCAAGAAAGUCCAACAUGAAUUGGUGACUUACAGUACCCAGGAGACGGAAGGCCUGUAUUGGAGCAAGAAACACAUGGGCUAUCGCCAAGCUGAGUUCCAGAUUCUGAAAGCUGAGCUGGAAAGAACCAAAGAGGAAAAGCAAGAACUAAAAGAGAAACUGAAGGAGACCGAGAUGCACCUGGAAGUGCUGCAGAAGGCUCAGGUCUCCUACCGGACCCCAGAGGGAGAUGACCUAGAAAGGGCUUUGGCCAAGCUUACACGGCUUCGUAUCCACGUCAGCUAUCUCCUUACUUCUGUCCUCCCUCACUUGGAGCUUCGUGAGAUCGGGUUUGACUCAGAACAAGUGGAUGGGAUCCUGUAUACUGUGCUGGAGGCAAAUCACAUACUGGAUUGAGCACCAGACUAUAAAUUCUGUACACCUUUCCCUUCCCUACUCUUAAUGUUCCAUCUUCUCCUCUCCUCUUCUUUCUCCUUUCGACUCUUCCUCCAUUCCCCACUUCUCGCCAUGACUAUCUCUCUCUGUAUCUCUCCCUCUCUCUUUCGCUGAGUCUCUUACCUUUACGGCUUAUAUAGAUAAUGUUUGAGCAAAUCCUGGCUCUUAAUCAGUUUGCUUCUUAAUUCAGUUUUGAUGUUGAGAAAGGUGCUAGUUAAAUAUACUCUCUAGAGUCCAGGAACAGGAAAAAGCAAUAGUCACAAAAGCAAGUGACCUGAAAGCUUUAUUUUUUUUAUAAUUUCAUUAUUUGCCCUAUUUCAUAUCUUUUCAAAAUGGUUUGUAUUCAUUUAGGUUAAAUUCAUCAGUAAAUAUCGGGUCCAAUGUACCAGGUGUUUGGGAAAAAUUUGAGAAGUAGAACUCAUGGUUUCAGCCUUCAGGGAUCUAACGAUCCAGUUAGACAUACUCAAGACAGAUGCCAGUUUAACUAACAUAUAUACAUGAGUGACACAAACCUCAUAGAGAAGGACAAGAGAGGAAGCUUAAGGAAGGCAUCAACUCAGAAAUGGGACCUAAACUAAGGUUUGUUUAAAGAAAGAACAUGACCAUCCUGUUAACAGUGGUUGUUCUUUAGGUGGUAGGAGUAUGGUUGAUAUUUCUUCCUAUCUUCCUAUCUUCCUGCCUUUUUCAAAUUUUCUGUGUUAAAACUCUUAUUCUUCUUCCAUUGGAAAAAUAAAUUGUUUUUAAAAGAA